UGAGGUGCCUGCGUUGCUUUACCCGCUCUCCGGUUUCAAUGUGAUGCUGCAGGAAUGACAGCCGAGAAUCAGCAGUCACCCUCGGCAGCCUGCUGUGUGGUCAGUCGGAGCCAGCCAAUGGUGAAAGUAGAGCAGGAGUCAGCCGCUUGCACUGCCAACUCGGCACCUUGUCGCCCUGGGGAGCUCCCCCGGGGAAGGAGGCGCAAGCGGCCCGUCCAGAGGGGCAAGCCUCCCUACAGCUACAUUGCGCUCAUCGCUAUGGCAAUCGCCAACUCCCUGGACAGAAAGCUGACCUUGGGCGGGAUCUACAGGUUCAUCACAGAACGGUUCCCCUUCUACCGCGAGAAUCCCAAGAAAUGGCAGAACUCCAUCAGGCACAACCUCACCCUCAAUGACUGCUUCAUCAAGAUCCCCCGAGAGCCAGGGCGGCCGGGCAAGGGCAACUACUGGGCACUCGACCCAGCCGCUGAUGACAUGUUCGAGAGUGGCAGCUUCUUGAGAAGGAGGAAGAGGUUCAAGAGGUCAGAUGUUACAACCUUCCCGACCUACCUGCACGAACCCGGCGUCUUCGCUCCAAUGCAAGUAAGCAAAUCUCACACAAGACCCAUCUAUGCCAAUAUGAACAUCAAUCCCAACUACCCUAACCAACUUGCUCCCAAUGCACCUCUCCAUUACUCGCCAUCGCCCUCGGCGUUCAGCAAUGGCCAGUCCAGGAUGUUUGGUUUCUGUAAUCUGAACGGGGAGCUGGCUCCAGGGACAGAUAUGACACAGCAUCCUCCCAGCACGUUCCCUUCAGAGAUCACCCCAGUUUAUACCACCUUUGGAGGCACCGCUUACCAGACUCAAGCCUGCAAUGGAGCAUUCUAUUCCAGGCCCCCUAACGCAGUGCCCUAUACCUACACGGGAUCCAGUCCGCGUCUCCCCAUGAGCCAAUCCACUUGCUGCUUAGCCAACGGCCAAAUGUAUGGCGCCUCCAGCCGCUUGUCCAUCCCUACCUCCUCCAUAAGCAACGAGUCAAUGGAGCCCUUUGGGAGAAUCUCUCCAGCCCAGUUCCCACCUGUACGACAGUGUAGCAGCAACGGGCAGAGCAGCUGUACAAGUGCACACAUCCGGCACACAGCUUACUGUGGCAAUAUGGACGGGAUUGUUUAUUCCACUUAAACACCGAUAGGUCCUUCCUGGUGAGUUCCGACAUGAACAGAGUUAAACUGCACAGUCGUUGCAAUUAAAACAAUUUGGCAUCUUAUCCUCAACCCUUGUGCCAAAUAUCUGCAUGUUAUACAUUGACGUUGAUGUGUGCAUUCCAAUCCAGCUUAAAUACUUGUAAUAUUUUUAUAGUUUAAGAUUUAUUUUUCUAAAGAAAACUGUUCACCCUUUCCACCGGGACUGAGGAUUGUACGGUUUCUGUUAUUGCCUGCUCAUCAGCGGGGGCAAAUUGUCCGUGAUUCUUAAGGUCAUUGCGGGGUUGGAGUGGUGACCCCGUUCUCCUGUACAUUUAUCGCCUUCACUCAGGCUCUGACCUCAAGGUGCAUUGGCUUUUAACCCUUGAGAUGCUCAAAGGUUUCCACACUCAGCAUCUGACCAGCUUGCGGACAUUGGACAACACACUCGUUCAGAUGGACACGAAAAGCAGAAGAAAACGAUGUAAAACAUUGAUAUAAAAGCAGAAAAUGCUGCAAACACUCAGCAGGUCUGACAGCAUCAGUGGAAAGAGAAACAGAGUUAACGUUUCGAGUCCAAUAUGAGUCUUCUUCAAAGCUUUAGAUUUAUUUCAGAUUUCCAGCAUCCGCUAUAUUUUGCUUUUAAAACAUCGAUAUCAAGCUGCUGUCACCAACUCUUCAACAUCAGAGCAUCUUCCAUCCAACCAGAUUACAUAUUGAAUCUCCUGCAUGCUGCAGACUUUGCAAUAUCGUACAUUGCUUAUAGGUUUGUAGGGUUUUUCUCCCAUCGAUGGUCAGUUUUGCGAUUUAGUGUUUAGUUAUGUUUAGAAAAGUUUGUGUAAGAAACUCGAUUUCCCCACAUUGGGAUGUGUUAAUUUACAUAUCAAUGCAGUUGGAAAAGGUCCGAUUAACCGCCUUGCUUCCCACGGAGUUGAUCAAACGAGAUUUAAUCGAUCACUAUUUGGAGGGGACAUCUUUUAACUUUGAUCGAGCAAAUAAAACCGGAUUUCAAUGAACUAUUGGGAACUGUGUAAAUGCGACGAUUCGGGGGCAGGGUGCUAGCUUUCUGGGUCUGUCUGAGGCUGGUGAGGAUUCUACAGUACACUGAUUGCAAGUCUUGUCAAUUUGGUUUCAUCUGAAGUACUGAUUCUCCCGGAGUUUGAUCACGGUAUGACUGUAAUCGGCUGGCUGGCGUAAAGAAAAACUCCUUCAUCUUUAGAUUCAUGACGUUGGUUAGGGCAGUUGAGAUGUAAGUUGGAUCUUGCAAAACGUUGUGAAUUAUACAUAAAACUCGUAACAAAAGAAGGUGUGCAUUGCGUUUUAUCGCGCAUUAGCACAUGGCCAACAGUUUUUUCUUGUACAGGGUGACGCAUAGGCAGGAUUGUGCAUCCUGUAGUAUACAGUCUGCAGAAUACUGAGGGGGAAAGGAAGAUUCUCAUUUAAAACAGUUCUGCUUUACAGCCAAUGAAGAACUUAGUGAAGUUGAAUUGUUACAAUUAGGAAACGUGGCAGCCACUUUGUGUUCAGCAAGAGCUACCUCAGAGGGAGAAUUCGCUGAGUAACGCUCAGAAUAACACACAUUCUGUAUGUAGUACAGGGAGCACGGAGCAUGGAGUAGGUCACAAGGUAGGAACACGUCAAAUACCUGAGGUUAGAUUCCUUUUUACACAAUCAUAAAUGCAAGUUAGAUUGGAAAUAUGCCCUAAAGAUUUUGUUAUGCAUUCACUGGAUGUGGCCAUCAAUGGCAAGGCCAGCAUUAAUUAUCCAUCAGGAAUCGCCCUUGAAAAGAUGGCGGUGAGCUGCCUUCGAACCAUAGAAUCAUUAUAGUAUGGAAGGGAGGCAUUCAGCCCAUUGAGUCCUUGCCAGCUCUCUGCAGAGCAAUCCAGUUCACCCCAUUUCCCCACACUCUAUCCCUUUAGUCCUUAGUUUGCUUCUCUCAAGUGCCCAUUCAAUUUCAUUUUGGAAUCAUUGAUCAUCUCCACUUCCACCACCCUAGUGGGGAGCAAGUUCCAGGUCAGUACCAUUCACUGUGUAAAAAAGUUCUUCCUCACAUUCCCUCUGCAUCUCUUGCCCAAGACCUUAAAUCUGUGUCUCCUAGCGCUUGAACCAUCAGGCUAAUGUGAACAGUUUUUUUUCUUUAGUCUACCUUAUCUAAACCUGUCAUCAUCUCUAUCUCUACACCUCAAUCAAAUCUCCCCUUAAUCUCAAUUGCUCCGGUAAGAACGCCCCCAGUUUCUCCAACCUAGCUUUGUAGAUGAAAUACUUCAACCCAGAAACCAUUCUGCUAAAUCUCCCUCUGCACCAUCUCAAGGACCUUCACAUCCUUCCUUAAACGUGGUGACCAGAACUGGUUGUGGCCUAACCAGAGCCUUAUAAAGGUUCAGCUUUUGUACUGUGCCUCUAUUUAUGAAUCCAUGGUCUCAAAUGCUUUGCUGACCACUCUUGCAAUAUGUCUUGCCAUCUUCUAAAGAUCUAUGCACAUGCACCCCCAAACACCCGAUCUGGAAUUGCCUCCUUUAAACCUUCUUCUCCUCCUCCGAAAGAGCAGUCAUGUUUAAUCCCACACCCCAGCCUUUAGUCCACCUUCUUGAACAACUGGAGUCUGUGUGGUUAGACUGUUCUCAGGGUUCUUUUAGGGAAGCAGCUCCAGAAUUUUGACCCAGAACAGUUUCAAUUCAGGAUGGGGUGUGGCUUGGAGGGGAACAUGCAGGCAAUGAUGCUCCCAUGUGGCUGUUGCCCUUGUUUUUCUAGGUGGUAGAGGUCAGGGUUUGGAAGGUGCUGUUGAAGGAACCUUGGCAAGCU